AUGGAUUGCUUCCUGGAGCUUGUAGACAAGGGAUUAUGUAUAAGGUUUCGAUCUGGAAUACUAGGGUUGGCAUACAAAAAACUACUAAAACUAAAACAUAUCAACGGAAGAGUUGCAGCUGAAGUAAUAACAAUAUUCGGGUCCGAUGCAUUAAGAGUGUUUAUGAACACAAAGUUUUUUGUGUUCCUGCUGUCCGCACCCGUCUACCUGAUUAUUGGAAUAGCAUACCUUUAUUAUCUCCUCGGAAUCUGGUGCGUUAUUGCGUUUGCGACAUUGAUGGUCUUUUGCACUAUUCAGAUACGAAAAUUGACAGAAGUUAUCUCAAACAUUAAGCUGUUGAAAAUGCAUGCAUGGGAAAAAUACUUUAGGAAUACUAUAAUCGACAUCAGGACAAUGGAAAGUAAACCACUGUUGCAAUCGGCAAUAUUAAGUUACAUAGCCAACGCCAUCAUUCCGUUAACACCAUCGCUAGCUACCGUAACGACUAUUACCGCCUACGUCUACGCUGGAAAUGAGCUUGAUGUGUCGACGGGAUUUUCAGUUGUUGCUACUCUCACAUACCUGAAGGUCAUAGUCGCCUUUGUUCCGUACGCCGCCGAGAUAUUUGGCCAAACAUUGAUCAGCUUUGAGAGAAUUAAGGGGAAGCACAUCGGAAUAUGUGGCGCUCUCGGCUGUGGAAAGUCUUCUUUGUUGCAAGCACUAAUUGGUAGGAUGCCAUUAAUUACCGGUCAUCUUGCUAUUAAUGGUUCAGUUGCUUAUGCGGCACAACAAGCCUGGAUCUUUAACGGAAGUGUAAGAGAGAAUGUUCUCUUUGGAAGCCCUUACGAAGAAGAUUGGUACACUGAAGUUGUAAACGCAUGUAGUCUCAAGCCAGAUCUGAACAUUUUGGCCAAUGGUGAUAUGACUGAGAUUGGUGAUAGGGGAAUGAACUUGAGUGGUGGCCAGAAACAGCGCGUUAGCCUUGCACGAGCUGUCUACAGUAAAAGAGAUAUUUAUCUCCUUGACGACCCCCUGUCUGCCGUCGACGUCCAAGUUGGUCAGCAUUUGUUCAAGCGAUGUAUCGAUGGUGUUUUAAAGAAUAAAACUGUUCUUUUGGUAACACAUCAACUUCAGUAUUUGGAACACUGUGACGAAAUUUACGUCAUGAGCGAAGGUGUGAUAACGGAACACGGUAGCCAUGAUGCGCUGUUAGCCCAGAAGGGUUGUUACACAAAGCUGAUGGAACAGUUCAAUUCUAACUUGGAUCACCACAGCACAAUAGAUGAUAAAAUUCAGUGUGAGUACGAGACAAAAUCGGCAUCGCUGAACGUCAACAAACGUAAGCAAGAAACAGGAACUGCUGACCACGGCUAUGAAAAAGGUAUCUUAACAGACAGAGAGAAAUCGGUGAGCGGCACCACAACACCAUCGCCAGUGAUGAACUCGUUGCACUCCAACGGGACGGAAGGAGAUGCUACGGGAUUUGGAAAUGUCUCUAUGCUCGAUGUAUUGACAUAUACUUCAUUAUCAUCUGGAAAAGAACACGACGAAUCGGAUUGGUAUUUGACAAUUUAUAUUUCUACGGCUGGAGUGAUGAUUGGACUAGCUGCAUUAAAAGGAAUCAUAACAGGGAUUGUGUACAUAAGAGCUACAGUUAAUUUACACAACAAUGCCCUUCGGAGAGUGAUGAGUAGUCCAAUGCGGUACUUUGAUGCAAAUCCAACAGGAAGAAUUCUUAACAGAUUUUCUCAAGACGUAGAAGAAGUUGACGUUAUCUUCCCUUUUAUGUUGGAUAAUCUACUACAAACCACAGUGAUGAUAGUUGCCUCCCUUGGCACCAUAAUCUACAGUUUCCCUUGGAUCCUGAUCGCCGUUUCUCCUAUCAUGUUAUUCUUCUAUGUGAUCGUGAUCUUGUCUUCCGUGUCAAUGCGAGGUUUUAAGCGCCUUGAAAAUGUGGCGAGGUCGCCAUUGUUGAAUCACGUAACCACAACAUGCAACGGGAUCAGUACCAUAACUACCUUUUCUCAGGAAACAAACUUCAUGGAUAGAUGUAAACAGUACACGGAUACAACAUCGAUGGCUUUAUUACUAUAUGACUCCUGCAUGAGAUGGAUGGGCCUAACGAUGGACAUCGGUGGAGCUAUGGUGGCAAUGGUUACAAUGUCCGUAGUGCUGUUCACCAAGGACUCUAUAUCUCCUACGUUGGCAACUUUGGCAUUGACAAUGUCGUUGAAUGUGACAGGCCUAGCCCAGUCUUUUGCUAGUACGUUCAGCGAGGUCGACGCAAGGUUCACAUGUAUCGAAAGAAUCCUUGAGUAUGAGGGUCUCGAUAAAGAAAAGGAAACAGGAAGUGAUGAAGUGGAGGGGAUUUGGCCAAGUCAGGGAAGGAUAACAUUUUCAAAUGUGGUUAUGAAAUACCGUGCGGACUUGGAUCCCGUACUAAAGAAUAUCAGUUUUGAUAUCCUUCCAAAACAGAAGAUCGGAAUCGUGGGCCGUACUGGCGCAGGAAAAUCAUCUUUGAGUGCCGCAUUGUUCAGACUAACUGAUCUCAAGGAAGGCCACGUGAUGAUCGAUGGCAUCGAAAUUGGGGCUGUUUCUCGGAAAUUGCUGCGUUCAAACCUGUCGUCUAUUCCACAAGACCCCGUGCUGUUUGCAGGUACACUAAGGUAUAACCUGGAUCCUUUCGAGAAGUAUACGGACACGCAAAUGUGGGCAGCACUAGAACAAGUUCAUAUGAAGGAAAAGAUGAAACUACGUGACCAGACUCUUGACAUGUACAUAGAAGAAAACGGAGAAAAUUUUUCAGUUGGUGAACGGCAAUUAAUAUCCUUAGCACGUGCAAUUUUGCGUCAAAACAAGAUCCUCAUACUUGACGAAGCCACAGCGUCCAUUGACACCUCCACAGACGCUAAGAUUCAGCAAACGAUCCGCAACAGUUUCUCUGACUGUACCGUCCUGACGAUCGCCCACAGACUCAACACCGUACUACACUGUGAUCUCAUUCUUGUCAUGGAAGGCGGGCGGCUGAUAGAGAAAGGCAGUCCGAAGGAUUUGCUACAAAAUCCAUCAUCUCACUUCAGCAAUAUGAUACGUUUCCAUAACAUGGUACUGCCAGAUAAUUAG